AUGCGAUCUCGGAUUGAGAACCUCUCGAAUCUUGCAACGUCAGUCCCUAUACAUCGUUCAAAAGUCAAGGAUAUGAGUGCUGAAGUAGUUGAUAGCAACCCUUAUAGUAGGCUUAUGGCUCUUCAGAGGAUGGGCAUUGUGGAAAAUUAUGAAAGAAUUAGGAAGUUUUCCGUUGCCAUUGUGGGUAUAGGUGGUGUUGGCAGCGUAGCUGCUGAAAUGCUGACUAGGUGUGGUAUUGGCCGCCUGUUGUUGUAUGAUUAUGACAAAGUGGAGCUAGCUAACAUGAAUAGGCUGUUCUUUCGUCCAGAACAGGUAGGAAUGACAAAGACAGAAGCUGCCGUCCAAACACUUUCUGAUAUCAACCCGGAUGUUGUGUUUGAGAACUACACGCUGAAUAUUACAACUGUCCAAGGCUUUGAGACAUUUAUGUCAAGUCUGAAAAAUAAGUCAUUCGACCCUAACAAAGAAGGCAGUGGAGUUGAUCUUGUUUUAAGUUGCGUAGAUAAUUAUGAAGCAAGGAUGGUUGUAAAUCAGGCUUGCAAUGAACUUAAUCAAACUUGGAUGGAAUCUGGUGUAUCUGAGAAUGCUGUUUCUGGCCACAUACAGUUGCUUGUUCCUGGAGAAACUGCAUGCUUUGCAUGUGCACCUCCAUUAGUGGUGGCUUCCGGUGUUGAUGAACGGACACUAAAGCGGGAAGGAGUAUGUGCUGCAUCUCUACCUACCACUAUGGGUGUUGUUGCCGGCCUUCUUGUUCAAAACACCCUCAAAUAUUUGUUAAACUUUGGGCAAGUGACCCCCUAUUUGGGUUACAAUGCCCUGAAAGAUUUUUUCCCAACGAUGGAAAUGAAGCCUAAUCCUCAGUGUUCUAACUCAGCUUGUUUGGAAAGACAGAGAGAAUACAUGCUUACUAAGCCUGCCAGGGACGCUGCUGCUAGGGAAAAGAUGGAAGCAGAAGCACUGUCUGCAACAGAAUGCCCCAUCCAUGCGGAAAAUGAAUGGAACAUAAGUGUUGUUGAUGAUAGUGAAGUGUCUGGCUCAGACGUGGGAAGUUCAGGUGUGCUCCCUGAAGGCCUUACACGCGAAUUGCCAACUGCAGAUGUCUAUACUGAUCUCCCAGCCUCAGACGAGACUAGCACAUUUGAUGAUCUAGAAGAACUUAGAAAGCAACUUGAAGCCCUCAGUUCUUAA